CGUAAUUUUUUUGCUAAUAGCAACAUUGUACGUUUUGAAGCAGUUACGACAAACUGUAAUUUGCUAAAAUUCCUAACUUAUGUGCUGAUUUAAUUAUUGCAUUGAUUCAAAUUAUUAAAAUUUUAUCAAGUGACAUGUAAUCCCUUGCAAUAUUAAGUGUACUGUUCAUCCUUACUCUCGUUACGGGACCUCCCUCCAAGCGUUACUCUGACACUUUUCAGAGACGCCAUGUUUGUCACGUUUUUGCCAGUGGUGAAUAUAUUUAGGGAAAACUUCAAUUUCUAUUAACUUCGCAACAUAUAUUUAUCAUCCAGUGAAAUAUAUUACAUCCACAAUGAAUACAGUUUUCUCAAGAAACAAGGAAAAGCGGCCCCGGUCAUCCACAAGCGAAUCGAACAAUUCAUUUGUGAAGAAUGUAACAUCAAGAGUGUCAGGUUUGUUGCCAGCCACUAUCACAAAAUGGUUCAGUAGCCCCAGCUCCUCCAAUGCCAAUGGUUCAGCUCCAGCUGCAGAUAUCACAGACUCAUCCACUGAAGACGAAGCUACAGAAAGUCCAGUCUCAUCACAACCACCAGCUAAGCGUAUGCGCUAUAGCACACCAGGAAAACUUAAUCGCUUUGGUUCUACAGAUGGAAAUUCUAUCCCCAGAAGUGUGGAGUCUAAAGAAACCCCCAACCUACCUUACAAUACUGUGCAAUCGCCACCAGGAAGGAACACAUUUAGACGUGAAACUAACUUUGUGUCUACUCCAAUACGGGUGAAUGAAGAGUCCGUAGUUGAGAAGAGUGACAAGGACGCUCCACUUUUCAAGACUCAACACACCAUUUCUGUUAUUGGACCAACAGUAGCAACAAAAAGAAAAUCACUUUUUGAGGCAUUGAGUACUAGUGACUCUCUAAAGGCAAAACCCUCAUUAAAUACAUCGAGAGAUUCAAACCAACCAAGCUUUAAACCUGCUUUAUUAGGCUCACCAUUUUACCAUGGUCGAACUAUGUACGGUGGUGCUGCUUCGUCAUACAUAAAUCAACCAAAUAUUAAGCAACGAAAGGUAGCCUAUGUCAAUGAGUCAAACACCAGUGACACUGCUACUAUGAGUCAUUCCACAAGGAGGAUCAUGGACUUGUUAGAAAAUUAUUCCUCACCAUUGACAGAGGCAAAAAGGAUACCAAAAUAUGUCAGAACACCAAGAAACGAGAGUGUGACUGUUAAUCCAGAAAAUUCACAAAAUAAUACAAAUAACUCAUACAAAAUGCAAGAACUACAUAUACCUGGUAUUGCAUCAAUUUUGCGAAUGAAGCAAAAAUCUCGCCUUAUGGAUACAACCAGUGCUGCAAGACAGCUUAUAGCUUCAUACAGCAGUGCCACUGAAUACAAUCCCUAUCCUUCAUCACCCAACAAUAUACGAAAGGAGAAUACUAGCAAAGAUACAAAUAGCAAUUUAACUACAAAAGUAAAGGCAAGGGUGACUAGACAAUUAAGAGGAGACAAUGUUAAUGAAUCACCACCACCACCAGUUCAGCUGCCAAAUGUUGUGUUACAAAUUGACAACUUGCCUAAAUUUACAUUGGACAAACCUUUAACACCAGCUUUCACAGUUGCUGAUAGCAGUACUGUUACUACAACUACCCCUUCAAAGAUGACUGCAACCACCACAGUCAUAUCAUCUGUAUUCUCAAUACCCUAUUACAUAACAAUGAGUCCUACAAGCACAAUUUCAAGUAAGCCUGGAAUUACCUGUAAUAAUAGACCAUUCAUAUUUUCUCUUCCUGUAAAAGUAUCUUCUGAAACAGCAGAGAAUUGCGAGACUCCCCCUAGAUUUUCAUUUGGCUACCCUGAUCACAGCAUAGACAGGCCAAAUGUAGAUGAUAAGAAACUUGAUUCUUCUGUUGUUGUAGGUUCUGUGAAAGAAACUGCAAAAUCAGUGGACAACCCAAAAGAUUGGAAAUGUUCGGAAUGUUGUAUAUCAAAUAAACCGAAUACUGACACAUGUGUAUGCUGUGGUAAUAAAAAAGAGAAAUCGCCUGUUGAGAAACAGGAAAAAUGUGUCAUUUGCAAACUAGCCAACAGUCAGCCACAUGUAAAUAAAUGUGUCAACUGUGACAAAGCACAAUCAAAAGUUUCAGACUACAAGCCUAUGAAACCUGCUAGUACAUCACAGUGGAAAUGUAGCGAGUGUUGGGUCGGUAACGAUAAUCAAGCGAUAAAGUGUGUGUGUUGUGGGGCAAACAAAAUAGACACAUCUGCAAAUACUGUUGCUACAAAAUCUGAAACCAGUGAUGAUAUUUGGAAAUGUUUUAUUUGUUGGAUCACAAACAAGAAUAAUGAGGAUAAUUGUACAUGUUGUGGCACCAGCCGUAAUUUUGCUAGUUUUAGUAAAUCUCCUAAAUGUUCUGUGUGUAAACUGGCUGACCGACAACCAAAUAAUAAUAAAUGUGUGAAUUGCGAGAAGAUUCAACCAAAUAUGACAGGUAAGUCUGGACCUUCAGACAAAUCACAAUGGAAAUGUCAGGAAUGUUGGGUUAGCAAUGAAGAAAGUGCAGAGAAAUGUGUGUGCUGUGGGGCAAAUAAUCCUAAGAAAGUUGCCACUGAUGCCACAAAAGAGAAAAGCACACCCCCAAUCAGCUUCAAUAAUAAUAGUAAUGGUGAUUGGAAAUGUGAUGAAUGUUGGAUCACAAACAAAGGGAGCACUGAUAAAUGUGAUGCUUGUGGUGGUCCCAAACCAGGUACCAAACCUAGCAGUUCUGCACAAGGAUUUCGUCUGAUUGCACCUUCCCCAUUAAAACCAUCAGAUGAUGUAUUUAAAAAUAUUGCUAAGUCGCAGAAGGGUAGUAAGUGGGAAUGUUCUAGUUGUUUAGUCAAGAAUGAUGAUGAUAAAACAAUAUGUGUCUGUUGCGGCGCAGAUAGAGAAUAUAAGAUGCAGGGUGUUGGAAUAAAAUCAUUCAAUUUUGGACAAAAUACUACUAAUACAUUUAAAUUUGGUAUAAAUGCCAACUUUCAAAAUACUAAUGCAACUAAAAUGGAGCAUACUACUAUUGCAGAAGAUGUAGUAGUUGUUGAAUGUGAAACAAAUAAUAAUGUUUUGGAUAAAACUCCUACAUUCACAUUUACUUUACCAGCAAAAAAGUCGGAUGAUUCUACAAAAGUUACCAAAGAAAAUAAAAUUGAAGCCCCAAAAAUUAACUUUAAUUUUGGAAUACCAAAACAAACUAAUGAACUUGCUGCAACAAAUAAACCAUCCGAACCUAAUAAAGCUUUAGAAGAUAAAAAGGUUGUACAAGAGGUGUCCAAAGUUGAGCCAAUUUCAAGUGUGCCAACUCCAGCCGCAACUGCAGCAAAACCAUUACCAACAUUAUUCACACCACCGACUUCCAGCACAGCAACGCCGUCUCCAGUCGUUUUAGCUUUACUGGGUUCAGAUAAAGAUGUUUUAUCGAGCCCAAAUACGACGCAAGCUGUUGCAGCUACUGCCCAAGUAACACAGGCUGAAAAUAAAUUUGGAUUCUCAGUUGGGGGAUUGAAACCGAGUAUGAAUAUAUUUAACGCUCCGGCUUCUACCACUAGUUCCGCCGUUGCUGCUAGUACGCCAUCAUUAUUUACGUCGCCUGUGCGGACUACAGCUAGCGCCACGACAACAAUGCCGACGAUGUCUCUUUUCCAAAAACCUGAGAGUAGUACUACAUCCACAGUAACAAUGUUUUCGAAUAAGGACCCUGUUACAACUACAACAAUAUCAUUGUUUCAAAAGAGUGAGACUGUAGCUAGUAAUGCUGGUACCGCUUCUUUCUUUAGUUUCGGUACUAAUACUCAAACAACUACACAGCCAGCUGCUGAGAAGCCUAAAUUCAGCUUUACUUUUGGAGGUAAUAAAACUGAGACACCUACAGUUUUUAAGCCUUCAUUUGGAUCUUUAAGUGAUAGUAGCAGUGGCACAAACAAAUUUGCCUUGCCUGCUCCGAAUUUGUUAAGUGGCGGCAAUGGAUUGUCUGGGAGUCCUAUGGGUGGUCCAAAUGGCUUAUCAACAGGGAAUGCCCUCACUGGGAAUGUUCCUUCACCUGGUAAUAUGAUAGGUGCCACUAAUGAAUUGUCGGCAAAUCCAUUAUCUGGAGCAAGUGGUUUGCAAAGUACCAGCGCCAUGUCGCGGAAUAUAUUCGGUGCGCCAGUAGUAAAAGAAAACAUGUGGCCAUCUAAUAAUAACAACAACAACAACAAUAACAGUGCUUCUACUAACAUAUUUGUUUCAAACACGGGCGGUCCAAGCAUGCUUCAGAAGCCCGCAACAUUCACUUUUGGGUCGUCAUCGCCGUUCAAUACCAAUAAUUCAACCCCCACGUUUGGAGCCAAUCCACAGCCAGUACAGAAUAUAUUUGGAAUUUCAAAUCAGAACAACGCCCCCCAGCCUUCGCUAUUUGCCACACCAACGCCAAGCCAGGCGGCACCGACAGUAUUCGGUUCCCCAGCUCAGCCCAGUAACCCUGCUCCUGCAAUGGGCAUCUUCGGAACUCCCAAUGCUGCCGCCACACCAACUUUCGGCGUGCUCAACCAGCAAAUACCAUCAUUCGAGACUCCAUCACUGACGCCUACACCUGGAACUGCGUUUAAUUUUGGUUCUCCUCAACCGUCAGCGGUGUUUGGAUUUGGGCAGCAGCAGCAGCAACAGCAACAGCCGCAACAGCCGCAGCAAAGCGGCGUGUACAAUUUUGGCGCGACGGGCGCCGCGCCGCAGGUGCAGUUCAACAUGGGCAGCUCACCCAACCCGGCGCAGCGGCGCGUCAGGAAGGCUGUCCGCAGGAAUCCGCCGCGAUGAAACAAGGCCCCUGGCACGCGCAAAUUUCAAUGGACUUAAUACCGCGCCCCGUAAGUGUCCUACUAAUAGUUUAACUGACAUGUAUGUUAUGUAAACCGGUAAGGAUGCACAUAUGAAUACGUGCACUUGUUUGCAGGAGCAAGUGCAUCCUUUAUGGUGGCUAUUGUUUAGUGAAUAACUUUGUAGGCAUAUUCAAUCAUACUCUUGAUUAUAUUUCGAGUGGUAGUUUAGCGUGCAUUAUUUUAAAUAUUAUAUUUUCCUAUUUAUACACUACUAGGGCUUUUUUACACUAUUAAUUAUAUAAUUUAUUGAAAAUAAUACACGCUUAAACAUUUAAAUUAUUUUGGAUGUGAUCAUAUUCAUGGAAAUUCCUUGUGAUUGUAACAUAUUUUUUUACCUAGGCAUAUGCAGUAAUUGUUUAUAUGUCAAUGUUUUUUUUAUUAGUCGCCUACUUUAUCAUACCUAUUAUAUUGUUAUUAUAAAAUGUUAUCCAAUAAUCUUAGACUAUUUUUUCACUACAAAUUAUAAAAUCAGUUAAAAAUUAUUAAAAUUAUGUCUAAAAUAUUAGUUCCAUUAAGAACUUGUUUGAUGCAAUGUUUAUACCUUAAUAUAGAGCAAUAUCAAGUUGUGUUAGUGAUUUCUGAACUAUAAUGCCUUUUAGAACUCGGCGGUUAUAUUUAUCUAUAGACUUAUCCUUGCUGCCUUCAGGUAUUGUCCUGAUAAGAUUACUUCAUAUAAAUGUAUGUAUGUAGUCGAUGCAAGCACAGUGUAGGAAUAACCAUAGCAUCUUAGGUGUUAGGUGUUCUUAGGCUAUAAAGAAAUAAACAAGUCUUUAAAAUAUAUCUAGAAAUACAGGUUCCUGCAAAUAUAAAUUUGUAGUGGGAAUAUGAGCAACUGUUGCACAAAUUAGAGAAUCGUUUCUUUUUGUUAUUAAUAUUUAUUAUAUAUAUGCUCUUGUGAAAUCGCAAAAUAUCUGAAUAUAUGCGACAUAGACGGUCAUAUCUUUUAAUCGCGUUGACUUUAAUUUUUCAUAGUUAAAAGGGACCUUAGACUGAAGUAUUUUAUAUAAAUUUCAACUUGGUACCUGUACGCGUUACUGAAAUAUGGGUCUGGACACAAGUCGGGAGAGAAACAAAUGGGUAGACAGACGGACAACAAAGUGAACAUAUAAGAAUUCCUUUUGAGGUACGGGAACCCUCAAAACUAGUAAAACAAUUCGGUAUGUUUCUCAUGUUUGACCUUAAAAAAUAUAACAAAUGUAGCACAACUUCUCUUACUCCCGCAUAAGCAAAAGUAUUUGAGGUUUAAAUAAUCUGUAACUGAACUAUACUAACAAUAAGUCAACUAAUAUUGUUUAUGCGAAUGAUUAUGAAAAUGUUUGGAUGUUUUUUAAAAGGAAACGUAAAAAUUGCGAAACGUAUUUGGAUGAAAUUUGGCACAUGGAUCAUAUAGGCUACUAUUUAUCCCAGUAACAUAAUCCCGUAAGAAAUAUUACAUUUUUUUAUCAUAUUUUUCAAACAACAGUCGCAGGCGUCGUACAGAGUGGCGCACUGCUCGAUACAGUGAUUUAGGGCCUUUGUAGCGAGGGAAACUUUUGCCGCGAGUAAUAAUCUAAUUAUUUCUUAUAUUUGCAGUUAUUAUUUAUCUACACACUUGAUAACAUUGCCGAAUUUUAUAACUUUAUGAAGAAAAUGCCACCACCCUCCAGUUUAUGAUUGUAUUCAAAUGUUGUUUUUAACAAUCGUAUGAGCUAUCCCAAAGAAAUUAAUACCAUGUAGAUAUUGCGCAGUUCUCAUGUUUAUUUGUAAGGCCUAGCCGUUAGAAAUAUCAAUGGAUCUCGAUCUGGAAUGCGCAAACUGUAAGUUCCGGUUAUAAUUAAUUAUUCCCGAUGUCGAUAUAUUUUUUUCGUUGUGUCAUCAUAAGUCUAUGGAUAUUCCCGACAGAAUGACAGACUGAAUUUGAUUCGUAGGUGUGUGGUAUACACAGCACUGUAAUGUGAUUUUUAUUGAAGUAUGUUUUUUUUCUGUUUAAAUGCUUAUGAUUAAACUCGUUAUUUGCCGAUUAGGUCUAAUACCAUUUUGUUAGAUGAUCAUUCCGUUGCCACUUGUAGGAACUAAACUGAAAAAGGAAGCUGGUCUUUCCAAAAAUAUAAACAGCAUAUUUUUCAUAGUGAAUAUUUAUUUUAAACUAUGUACUUAUAUUUGAACUGUCAUGAAUUGUGGUCGAAGUUUGGCAUAGACGCGGUAUAAUUGAGGAUUUCUAGUCCUCAAUCGUUGCCUAUUUUUUUUUUGUGCGAAAUAACCGAUUGUCGAGUUUUAAAAGCAUGUUUCGUAUUAUUUUAGUUGCCGUAACCAAGUUUGUAUUUGUUUAGUAUGAAUAAGUUUUUAUACGACUAGUUGUAUUAUUACGGAGGUAAGAUGUCGCUUUCAAUAGUAGUUAUAUUAUAGGAACACUUGAUUAGAAACACUAUACGAUUGCUUGGUAAUGAAAUUAUAAUUUGACACAGUAUAAUAUUAUAAACAUAAUUAAGUAUGUAGUCAUAUACCAAGUCACAUUUACUGAGAGAAUAUAUUCGUUUAAUAGGCAUAAAUUAAUGUCAGAUUAAAUGUUUAGUAAUAUUAUGCCAUCAGCUUCAGGAGUUCUCCGAAUUUUGGUGUAUUUUAAAAAAAAUUAUUAAUUUUUUGGCGUUUAAAUAUGCAGCUUAUUUAUACUUUUAAUUUUUGUAAACUAUAGUAGUGUAUAAUUUGAUAUUGAUGUAUAAUAAUAUACUGUAAAUCACUAUACAAUAUAUUUGUUUUGUCCAAAACAUUAUUUAACAUUAAUAACUGGUAAUAGACCAAAUUAAGUUUAUAAUUAAGGGUUGUUGCUAAUGUGGCUUUAUUUGUGUGUAACUGCAGUUGUAUAUUUGUUUAAACUAAUGGAUAGGAAUUAUUAGAUGAAUUAAAUUAUUCUAUUCGAACAGUGUUAGAUGAAUGGAUGAAUGAUUUCUGGAAUCUUUGUUUAAUAAACAUGGUAAAAUAGUCUAAAUUACCAAAAAAUGAGGACAUAUUGAUGUUACAUUUAUUUCCAACCAUAUUUGUUCAUUCAGACAUCGCUGGCUCACUAUAACAGGGUUAUACUAGGUUACAUUGUUAUAUUUUUUGACACAAAUUGAAUUAUAUGUAUUAAAUUAUUCUAUAUCAUUUUCAGUAAAAAAAUAAUCAAUAAUCCCAAAAGAUGAAUAUUGGGGGGUUACAAUGAAUUCAAAUUUUUACCAACAUGACAAUUCUAAAUAACUUUUUUUUAUAUAAAUAACAUUAUUCCUUAUAAUGGUUAGCCAGUGAUACGUCAACUGUAUUUAUAAACCGUAGAGAGUAGCAACCCUAGCCGAUAGAUAUGUUGCCGACAAGUAUACUGUCGCGUCCAAGUUUAUAGUGUUUCCUAUGUCUGAUACGAUAUCAUUAACUAUCUACCUUAAAGUCGAUAUAGAGCUGAGGUAGAGUUUAUAUGGCUAUUGAUUCUAACCUUGUAAGCAUAAUUAUUAUUUAAGAGUAUAAUAAGCAUAGGUGUACGUGUUCAGUAAAGACCCUUCAACAGCUGUAUGCCGUGUAAUUCGACGUGGGUUUGCGAGCGUGUGGCAGCACGAGCGGAGAGUUUGAAUUUUGUUUGUAAGUAAUGAAUAAUAAUUGAUGAAUGUCGUAAUUGAAUAAUUUUAACUCCUUAAGCAAUGGAUAGGAAUUUUCGCUUUUCAAUUAGCAAUAUGAAUUCUGUAUAUAGUUUAAUAUUACACGCCGUGUUGUGUGGUCGCAUUUGGACUCUAGCAUUACUUAUGGUUUAUUUUUUUAUUAGUGAAACGCGAGAAGCGGACGGCUCCAAAUGCGUACUUCACAUAGUCAUUAUGUAAUGUAAAAAAUAUUGUAUUUAACUGUAUUAGCAGUGGACAUUACAAUAAACGAUUAAUUGAAUAUUGGGGAGCAAAUUUAAAAAAAUGUAUACACAAAAUGUGUCGUGAUAUUAUGUAAAAUGUUGAUAAUGGAUUGAAAUUAAUGAUCGUUGAAUUAUAAAAAUGGCUUUAGAUUUGUUCCUCAAUUAAAACGGCCAUGAAA